GACUUCUCUGAUUUUGUAACUUCCCUCUUUUGCUGUAUUAGUUUGAGUGGUGUGUGAUUGUUCAGUUUAAUCAGUCAUGAUCAGUUUGAAUUCAGCGUGUUGAGAGGAAUCAGAGUGUGUCUGUGAGCGACUCUUCCGUGUUCGGCUGAGAAUGAAGCUCGCGCUGUGUUUUCUGCUCGCUUCUGUCGCUCGUGUCGCGGCCAAACCGCCGAAUAUCGUGUUUAUUUUGGCGGAUGACUUCGGCUGGAAUGAUGUGGGAUAUCACGGUUCCGAGAUCAGAACUCCUCAUCUGGACCGUCUGUCCGGUCAGGGGGUUCGGCUGGAGAAUUACUACGUCCAGCCGCUGUGCACUCCAUCCCGAAACCAGCUGAUGACCGGCCGCUACCAGAUCCGCACCGGUCUGCAGCAUCAGAUCAUCUGGCCGUGUCAGCCGUACUGUGUUCCUCUGGACGAGAAGCUUCUGCCGGAGCUCAUGCGGGACGCCAGCUACGACACGCACAUGGUGGGCAAGUGGCAUCUGGGCAUGUUCCGGAAGGACUGUCUGCCCACCCGCCGGGGCUUCCAGACCUUCUUCGGUUACCUCACGGGUUCAGAGGAAUAUUUCUCUCAUCACAGAUGUAGCUUCAUCGCUCCUCUGAACGUGACGCGCUGCGCUCUGGACCUGCGGGACGGGGAGGACGUGGCCGUCAAUUACACGGGUCAGUACUCGACUGAACUCUUCGCUCAGAGAGCCGCGGACAUCAUCACACGACACCCGCCUGAGAAGCCGUUGUUCCUCUAUGUGGCGCUGCAGGCGGUUCACGCCCCCCUGCAGGUUCCCAAGCGCUACGUCGCCCCCUACAGCUUCAUCAAGAACGAUCAUCGGCGCGAGUACGCGGGGAUGGUGUCGGCGAUGGACGAAGCUGUAGGGAACAUCACUCGAGCUCUUCAGGACGCUGGACUGUGGAACAACACCGUUCUCAUUUUCUCGACAGAUAACGGUGGUCAGACCCUGACAGGAGGAAAUAACUGGCCUCUGCGUGGCAGGAAGUGGACGCUCUGGGAGGGCGGAGUCAGGGGCGUGGCCUUCGUGACCGGACCGCUGAUCGAGCAGCCAGGAACUGUCAGUCGAGGGCUCAUCCACGUCUCUGAUUGGCUGCCUACGAUUGUGGGUCUGGCUGGGGCGUCGACCAACGGCACCAAACCUCUGGACGGCUUCAAUGUGUGGGACACUAUCAGUCGUGGUCAAGCGUCUCCUCGGGUCGAGCUUCUGCAUAACAUCGACCCGCUGUAUGUGGACGACUCGCCCUGUCCAGGUGACGAGGUGUCGGGCGAGUUCCUGCAGGACUCUCUUCACUCCUCAGCGUCUCGGCCGGUCGCUCUCGGCUCUCGUUCAGAGUUUAACAUCUCGGUUCACGCCGCCAUUCGCUACAAGAACUGGAAGCUUCUGACGGGAUACCCAGGUUGUCCUCUCUGGAUCGCGCCCCCUGGUGGCCGUCCGGUGAAGGCGCCUGAGCCGCUGAAGCAGGUGAUGCUGUUUAACAUCGAGGAGGAUCCCGAGGAGCGCGUGGAGGUUUCCCAUCAGCGCCCGGAGGUGGUGGCCUUCCUGCUCCGACGCCUGCAGCUGUACCAGAACCAGGCCAAACCCAUCAUCUUCCCCCCCGAUGACCCGCGCUGUGACCCCGAAGCCACGGGAGCCUGGGGACCCUGGAAUGAUGAGGAUGAUGAAGGCUAGUACUGCAAACAGAGCGGCUGAAGAGCGUCUGUGACGCUUAUGAACAGUCAUGAAGUUUAGCUGGACAUCUUCAGUGUUUAUACACAUAAAUGCACUCGUGUGUGUGUGUGUGUGUGUGUGUGUGUGUGUGAUUACAGCUCUCACCUUUAAAUCAUAUCAGUCUUCUGAACAUGAAUCAUUUUUUACCACGAUCAGCAUCAAAUGCGACUGCAGUGUGUGUGUGUGUGUGUGUGUGUGUGUGUGUGUGUGGGCUCAUGUGAGUUUGUGACAGAAUGUUUAUUUAUUCUGUUUGGUGGCAUAUAAAGUAAGAAAGCUUGUUUCCGCCAUGGAAUAAAAAAGGAAAUUUCUGCUUUUUUCUUGCAAAGUUAUAUCUCACAAUUCUGAUAUUUUCCACAAUUCUGAGUUUAUAUAUCAUAAUUCUUGCAUUUUUCUUA